AUUUUGAUAAUUCGUAAAUGUGUUCACUUUUAGAGUGGAUAUUAAAUUCAUUUUAUUGGGCAUCGAAGAACAGACAUUAUAUAAAUUAAUUGGUUUGCCUCUUUGCUCUAUACUACCAUUCAGCAACUAUGACCAUGGUUAGUACUUGCACAAUUCAAUUCUCAGUUCUCUUGAGCCUCCUCUUAGUUUCAUUAUUGGGUGUUGAAGGUAUAAUUUCUGACUCAUGCAAACGUUAUGAGUGUCCAACCUAUGAUGUCAUACAAGUGGAGAAGGACUACGAAAUCCGUCGUUAUAAUUCACCUGUGUGGAUUUCAAACAACCCUCAAGACACUUCUUUUGUUAAUGCUACAAGAUUAGGCUUUGUGAGGCUAUUUAGUUAUAUUUUAGGUAACAACAAGGAGAAGAAGCAAAUAAAGAUGACAGCACCUGUGGCAAGUGAAGUAUCAGUUAACGGUGGAAAGUCCUCAAUUGUUGUGAGCUUCUAUGUUUCCAAAGAGAACCAAGCAAAUCCACCUACAGCAGAUGAUGUCUCUAUUCAAAGAUGGAAUACUAAAUAUGCAGUAGUUAGACAGUUUGAUGGAUUUGUCACAGAUUCUAACAUUGCAGAGCAAGUUGCUGCCUUGAAUGCUAGUAUUGCUGGCACUAAGUGGUCUUCUAAAGUUCCCAAAAGUUACACAAUGGCACAAUACAAUGCCCCUUUCGAGUUGUUCAAUAGACUGAAUGAGAUAUGGUUCUUGUAUGACAAUGAAAAUUAAUAGCAUUCUACACAACACCAAUUUUCCAUAUUAUCGACUUAAAGUAAUAAUAUAUCAUAGAUAAACAAUUAAUUGUUGCAUUGAUUCAUUAGUGUAUACUUAAUUAAUUGUAUGAGCACGGGUCAUGUAUCCUUGUAUCCCAAAACAUUUUAAUAAAA